GUAAUAUUAAUGAGUGAAAUCUUUGUAACAGCGUAGCUUACAUAAAAUCAUAUAAGUAUCAGUUGCCGCUCUGUACCACUUAGUAAUGUUAGAUUAUAUUUAAAUGCUUUAUGAUCAAAACUGCAAUGCAAUAUGAUUGUCGAGAGACGAACAAAUAAAUCUUACUCAACGGCCUUAUAAUCAUAUUUGAGACUAGCAUUUGAACAUGAACUUGAAAAAAAACAUUGAUUUAUGAAUAAUCGCUAAACCCAAAGUUGCUUGGUCAGUAAGUUAUUCUCUCAUAUAUACAAACAUAUAUAAACACACUCAGGUUAAAGACCUUUUUUGUCCUCUUAAAGUUAGAUCGGUCUCAUCACCUCUGUUUCCUUGUCUUUGUCUUUGUCUGAAUCCAUUUUUCCAGGUCGUUGGAGCAUUCUCAGUGGACACACACACACACAGACACACACUCGCACAUGUGCUGUAAAAGCCCUCCGAGGUGCACAUUGCAUUGCGGAGCUACAACGCCUCGGUUUCUUUUUUUACUUCACGUCAAUUUUGUGGAGCGUUUCCGUGGGCUAGUGAUGCUUCUCGUGCUCGGCGGCUGCUGAUGAAUUCCAAGUGACAUGGGUUUUUCUGUUGGCAGCGCGGCGAGGCAAACCUGGCACUGCUGUGUUCCGGAGCCUCGGACCGAGCUCGCCGUCGCUUUCCUGUUACGAACACCUGAUUUACUGGACAUGUUCACGGAAGAAUCAAUGUACGCUUUGUAAAUACGUUUUUUGGGCCGUUUUAUUGAAAGCUAAGAUGUAACGAAGGAGAAAUGAUUUGGAGAAGAGGGUGGAAAUACAAGUCGGAUGACGGGCUGCGAGAUGUACGGCAGGCAGAUGGAGUCCGCCGCUGGAAUCGAGGAGCUGACGGACGAGGAGAAGGAAAUCAUCAACAGCGUGCUGGCGAGAGCCAAGAUGAUGGAGGCCAUGGAGCAGGAGAGGAUUGGGCGUCUGGUGAAUCGCCUGGACAGCAUGAAGCGGACGGCCUGCGGCGACGGAGACUCGCGUUGCUUGCUCUGCGGCCAGCGGUUCGGCCUGGAGGCCGUCGGCUCGGUCGCGUGCGCCGAGUGCAAAAAGAACAUGUGCACUAAGUGUGGCGUUCAAAGCGCCGGUCGUUCCAGUCCAAUAUGGCUGUGCAAAAUCUGCAGCGAGCACAAAGAGAUGCUGAAGCGGUCUGGUGCCUGGUUUUUUAAAGGUUUACCACAACAGAAUUUACCCGCUCCUCUCCCGAUCUCUAAUAAUAGAGAGCUCCGAACCACCAGAGCGCCAGCUUCAACCGAUCCACCGAACAGUCAAGAGUCGCGGUGUCCCCGCGGCCAAAAAAACGCAGAGAGCAUGCAGGUCACCGGCAGAGAGCAGCAGAUAUCUGCAGAAACGAUGCCCCCUAAACGGGACGAGCGGUCUCUCAUCUCCCAAAGAGCCCUAGAAGAAGACAGAGGUAGACAGUCUACGAGCAGGAGCGCAAUUCAGUCCGGCACCGCUGUGGAAGGACAAGCGUACUCACCUGCGGUGAAGAGAGAAGUACCGGCGAUGAGCUCCAAACCUCCAGCGUCAACCUUCUCCAUGACUCCCAUACAAAAAGAUCCUAUGAGUCGACCGGAGGCCAGGGCACCACCUGCUACGCAGACCGACGCGCGUUUGCCAGCUGCCAACAGCGUUCCCGCUUCACGCCAGCCACCACCCCCCACCGCAGAGGAUGAAGAGGACGCCAACAGCUAUGACUCUGACGAUGCCACCACUCUGGGCAUGCUGGAGUUCAGUCUGCUCUACGAGGAGGAGAAAAACGAACUGCACUGCAAUAUAAUCAAAGCGAAGGGUCUCAAACCCAUGGACUCCAAUGGCUUGGCUGAUCCUUACGUGAAAUUGCACUUGCUUCCGGGAGCCAGUAAGUCUAACAAGCUCAGAACAAAGACUAUCCGUACCACCUUGAACCCCGUGUGGAACGAGACCCUCGUUUAUCACGGCAUCACUAACGAAGACAUGCAGAAAAAGACUCUCAGGCUUUCUGUCAGUGAUGAGGACAAGUUCGGCCAUAAUGAGUUUAUCGGCGAGACACGGGUGGUCCUGAAAAAACUGAAGCUGAACCAGAAGAAGACCUUCAGCGUGUGUCUUGAAAGAGUGAUUCCGGUGAGACGUACCGCUGGCGCAGGUGCAUCUCGUGGCAUGGCGCUCUAUGAAGAGGAGCUGAAGGACGAUGAAGAGGCAGAGGAGAGGGGACGUGUCCUGAUUUCUCUCACCUAUAACAGCCAGCAGGGUCGUCUGAUUGUGGGUGUAGUUCGAUGCGCUCAUCUGGCAGCAAUGGACUCGAACGGCUAUUCUGACCCCUUUGUGAAGAUUUACUUGAAGCCCGACAUGGGAAAGAAAGCCAAGUAUAAAACUCAGAUCAAGAAGAAGACCCUUAACCCUGAGUUUAAUGAGGAGUUCAGCUAUGAAAUCAAGCAUGCUGAACUGGCAAAGAAGACUUUGGAUGUCUCUGUCUGGGAUUAUGACAUGGGGAAAUCGAAUGAUUUCAUAGGUGGCUGCCAGCUUGGUAUCACAGCUAAAGGCGAAUGUCUGAAGCACUGGUACGAAUGUCUCAAGAACAAGGACAAGAAGAUCGAACGCUGGCAUGUCCUGCUGCAUCAGAGCAACAUUGAGGCGGACGACUGAGGCGAUUUAUCUCCAGAGACGGCAGUAUGCGAUUCCACCUAAAAAAAAAAAGUAAUCUCGCUUACAAGCCCAAACUGCUGAUAAUGUUUUCUUUUCAUUCGGGGGGAAAAAAAAAAGCCUUUGUCUUUGCCUCUCCUGAAACCCUGUGAUGAGCUACGGUGGCCCAAUCGAGAAAAACCUAGAAAACCCGGUUACUUGGUGAGAAAAAGACAGGGCAUGGUAUUAUUUCACUUAGCAAAUGCCUUAAAGAACAAAACCUCAUGAAUACAGAUGUGACGGAAAUAUAUUAGUCAUCUAACCCUGCAACCAAAUGUACUCAAGGACACUGGGAAAAAAUAGACUUCGCUCGCGUAAAAGCGGUUCUUUAAGUAAAAUAGCACGUUAAAUGCUAUUGUUUGGCAUUAGAAAUAUACGCUGUCUUUGCAUAUGUCUACUAUUUAUUUAAGUUUGUUUUAAUCGGUGUGCCGCAGAUGAGAAAGACUGUGUGUGAAAACAAACUGUGAAUAGAAAAAUGUAGAAAAGCAUUAGAGUUAUAUCCAGUAAAUAACGGGUUGUUCAGUAUUGCAUCGACUACAUAUGAAAAUAUCCUGUUGUUAUGUGCAUGGACGUGAUUCCUAAUUAUGCGUCAUUCUCAUCGUUUGAAUUUAUUUCUGUAACGUUUACAGGCGUUGGUAAAACCCAAUAAAGUGUUCGAAGCUAUCGCCUCCGAAUCGGCGACGUGAA